CCGAAGUCUAUCACACAAGUCCAUAUAAUAUUUACCUCCACCACGCAAUGCAUUGCACACAUAUUAUAUAAAUAUUGUGAUAACAUAACACGGGUCUAUAUAUAUAAAGUAAAGGUGUGAUAACAUAGAAGAAAAGUUUAUACUAUAAUUCUCUCUUGUCCUGGUUAUUGUAAAGCUUCAAAGCAAACCUUCUUUUAUCGAAACUCCUUUUCAAAAAAACAUUACAGUAAAGCAAACAUGAAAGACAAAACAAGCUGGUCUUGUUCUUGUUCUUCCUUGAAACUAUGUUUGUUGUCUGUUCUCGUUCUCACUGAGACGGUCGUCGCCAUAAAGCUGCCACCAAACUUGAAGAUUCCGGCGCUAAUAGCUUUCGGAGACUCCAUCGUCGACACCGGAAAUAACAACUAUGUCAAAACCGUAGUGAAGUGUGACUUUCAUCCUUACGGUAUCAAUUUCCAAGGCGGAGUUCCUACGGGGAGAUUCUGCGACGGACGAGUACCCGUCGAUUUGCUAGCCGAGGAAGUGGGAAUAAAGUCGGUUGUACCUGCAUACCUCGAUCCAAAUGUAAAGUCCGAAGAUCUUCUAACCGGUGUAUCAUUUGCAUCGGGAGGUUCUGGUUACGAUCCUAUAACACCGAAGCUCGUGGCCGUGAUAUCAUUAGAAGAUCAACUUAAAUAUUUCGAGGAGUAUAUAGAGAAAGUGAAGAAUUUAGUUGGAGAAGAAAGAAAAGAAUUCAUAUUAGCCAACAGCUUAAUCUUACUGGUCGCAGGCAGCGACGACAUAGCGAAUACUUACUAUGACCUUCGUGCAAGACCUCAAUACGACGUUGACUCGUACACUACUCUUAUGGCUAACUCUGCCUCCGAUUUUGUGACUAAACUAUACGGAUAUGGAGUGAGGAGAAUAGCUGUGUUUGGUGCACCACCACUUGGGUGUGUACCAUCACAGAGAACUUUAGGGGGAGGUCUUAUGAGAGAUUGUGCUGAGUAUUACAACGAGGCAGCAAAGCUUUUCAAUUCAAAGCUCUCUACAAAAUUGGAUUUGUUGCAUAAAACUCUACCGGGUAUCAGAUCGGUCUACAUUAAUAUCUAUGAUCCUCUUCUCGAUAUCAUCCAGAAGCCUGCAAAAUACGGAUUUGGAGUGUCAAAUAAAGGAUGCUGUGGAACCGGAGUCAUUGAAGUUGCUGUGUUGUGCAAUAAAAUCACAUCUUCUGUAUGUCCUGACGUGUCUAGUCAUGUGUUUUGGGACAGUUAUCAUCCCACAGAAAAAACAUACAAAGUGUUGGUCUCACUCCUGAUUUCCAAAUUUGUUAAAAAGUCGGGGAAAAACAUGAACAUAAUGUUAGAUAUGGACUGUAGAAAAAAUAUAUUGGUGUUGGCAUUAUUUUACAUUUAUUUGUUAGCAACCCCAGCUGCAAGUAAAUCAUUUCCCGCGCUUUUGGCAUUUGGAGAUUCAAUAGUUGAUACCGGUAACAACAACUACCUCCUGACUCUAAUGAAAGGAAAUUACUGGCCAUAUGGGAGGAGUUUCGACAUGAGAGUUCCCACGGGAAGAUUCGGAAAUGGAAGAGUUUUCUCCGAUAUUAUUGCCGAUGGUUUGGGGAUCAAGAAAACAUUACCAGCUUAUCGUAAGUUGUUUAUUGCUCCAAACGACCUUAAAACUGGUGUUUGUUUCGCCUCGGGUGGUGCAGGAGUGGACCCUGUUACAUCCAGAAUGCUGAGAGUUUUAUCGCCGCAGGACCAAGUAAAAGAUUUCAAAGGCUACAUAAGAAAGCUAAAGACCGUGGCACCUACAAGUGCAAACAAUAUAAUUGCAAACGCAGUGUAUCUUAUUUCUGAAGGAAAUAAUGAUAUUGGAAUCACAUUUUUUGGGACUCCGUCUGCAACUUUUCGAGGAAUGACUCCAAAUAGAUACACCACUAAACUAGUUGGCUGGAACAAACAAUUUAUGAAAGAUCUAUAUAAUCAAGGAGCGAGGAAAUUCGCGGUGAUGGGAGUGAUUCCGUUGGGGUGUUUGCCUAUGUCAAGAAUCUUCCUUGGUGGGUUCGUCGUGUGGUGCAACUUCUUCGCAAACAGAGUAGCACAAGACUACAACAGAAAAUUGAAGAACGGAAUUAAAAGUUGGGGUAGUGAAUCCGGUUUUAGAGGAGCAAAGUUUGUCUACGUCGACAUGUACAACACUCUUAUGGAUGUUAUUAACAAUCAUAGGAAAUACGGAUUUACUAAUGAGAAGAAUGGGUGUUGUUGUAUGAUUACGGCAAUGAUACCAUGCCCAAACCCUGAUAGAUACGUCUUCUAUGACUUUGCUCAUCCCUCAGAGAAAGCCUACAAAACAAUUUCUAAAAAGCUUGUCCAGGAUAUCAAGACAGGCCUUGCCUGAUUUCUAUACAAUGCUUUUAUUUAAUAACCACCAUCAUAAAUUAUAAAUGAGAAAAGACAAAAUCAUAUUCAUACAUGAUGGAUCUAUUUCUAUUCUUCUUAUUAGAAAGAAUGUAUUAUGUAUUUUUCAA